CGGCCCCUCAAAGCUGGCAGUUAACCAGCCACACUCCAAAUCAUCACAGUAAUGCCACAGCAGAUAUUUUGAGAUCUCAUUAUUAUUAUUUUUUUUCUUCGUCAAGUUAAUUUCGGAUAAGCUCUACAGAGAUACUGUGCGUCUCUGCCGACCCACGCUCUCGUCGCAAUGGCCGACGAUGGAUCCCGCCUCUCACUGUCCAACUCGCAGCUGCUCUCGUCCCCCGGCUCACCGCGUCCCCCAUCAAAGCUGUACUCGCAGACAUACAAAAAUGCAUCGAAUUUGUUCCUAACACGUCGACUACCGGAGGCUCUAGCUGCCUUGGAUCCGGUCAUCAGUGGUCCUCCGCCGGCGGCGGUGCAGGACGAGCCAUCUAGCGAUGAGGCUGACCACAGCUCACCGCCUGCUCUGGCGGCCAUCGCGACGGCUCCCAGCUCGAUGAGAAUCAAGGUGUGGAAUUUGUACAUCACGAUCCUCAGCGGGAUAGUCGAUCUGGGGGCCGAGGAGGGCAAGAAUGCGCUGGGCCAGAAGGAGUGGAAGGCGCUCGCGACAAGCGUGCGCGACGGUGAGAUCUGGGAAAGGGUCGUGCAGACGGGGUAUAGGGGGCGCGAGGGUUCGGUGGACGCGGAGGUCGUGUACAGUCUAGGAACAAUGCUUCUCAAGCAUUCGCCGACCCAGACCUUGAACCAGCAACGACUGGAGACAUACCUCUCAUCAUACGGACAGCCGAACCUUGACCUUGCAGAACAACAGCUGUACAGUCCGUCGCCAUCGGGCACGAACCAUGGCUACCAGCCGGGAACCGACACGCCGAAGGACCUCGCCGCUCGGGUGAAACUGAUCGAGCUGUUUACGCUGCACGUGCUUCCGUGGAACGGGGAGUGGGAAUAUGCACGAGUGUUCAUUAAAUUCAGUGAAGUCUUGGACGAAGAGCGUAAAGAACUCUUCCUGCAGACGCUGGAGGGCCUCAAGGAAGAGAAGGAGAGGGGGGAAAUGCGGGCUGCCGAGCUGCAGCGACAGAGGGAUGCACAGCUCGAGCAAGAGAUGCAAGAAGUAGAGCUUCGGAGGGUGGAAGAAGAAGCUGCGGCGGCGGCGGCGGCGGCGGCAGCAGCUGCUACUGCUGCUGCCGAGCAAAAGAAACACAAGCGCGCGAGUAGCGAGGUUGACUACGGGAUCGAGAAGAAACAUCCGAACGGCAGCAUGAGGGGUCGACCUCGAGCAGAGAAGACAUCCGACGAUGCAUCAGUGCCAAAGCCCUCGACCGGACGAGGUAGCUCUUCGAAAAAUACACGGAAAACAGAGAAGAAAUCGCCGCCCUCGAAGACGCAACGGGUGCAGGUCCUCGUCAACGCACUGCGCAACCUCCUCCGACACCUCACACAAACGGUGACGGCGAACCCGCUGGCAGUGCUGCGGACGGUGCUGUUCACGCUGGCGCUGCUUCUGGCGCUGAGCCGGCGGGAUGUGCGCGACCGCAUCCGCCGAAUAGCGGGGACAGGGUGGCAGAAGGUGCGGGGGACGGUGGGCAUGGGGGUGCGAGUGAGCUAUAUCUAGAGUCGGGGUUUGGAUGAAUGUAGAUUAUUUUGGGUAUAUAUAACUACCUAGGUACUUGGUAGGUACUGAGUAGUCAUCGUUAGCUGUCAAUUGCACGCCGAUACAUAUCCUUACCUAGUAUCUACUAGGCAGUUAGUUAACUAUGGAGGUAAUAGACUGAGUAUUCAUGAUUUGCCACAGAUAAGAAAAGGAG